UUGACUUGGCACGGUUUGUUUGGUUAUCACUGUUGUUGCCUUGGUCUGUUAUCACCCAGCCAUGAGUUGAGAGUAACCAGCUCACUCUUCUUCUCAUUGGUUGUGUCUUCCUUUGUGGGCAGAAGAGUUGACCAAUAGCUAGCAGCUGUUCCUCAUUUCACAUUAGGGCUGCCUCUAGAGCUCAGUGUGUGGACGAGUGUGACUGAGAGCCGUGUUGUUAAACCUGACAUUCACCCCUCAUUGCUUAACAGGUGUUUCCCUUCAGAAGUCUUGGUGAUACCUGAAGACUCCCACAUGUGAAAGCCGGAGUGCAAAACUAAGUAAUUAACAGGCAGCGUCCCUGCCAACCCUUUGCCUUUUAAACUCAAGUUUCAUCAAAUCGCUUCUCUAACCCUUCUUCGAGAGGACGCUCAUGUGCUUACAAGGUGUCCGGACGUUCUUGGGAACACCGACUCACAACACAAGGAAAGAAGAACGAUGACAGGCCGGCUGCCCCCGAGGCUUCUGCUGUGGUUCAUUGCGUUGUUAGGCAUCGCGUUAUUGACGUUAUUCAUGGUUUGCGUGGCUUUGCAGAUCCAGGUGCCAUGGCAAGUGACGAACCUCCAAACCUUCCCAAGUAAACAUUUCAGGCUUUUUUCUGACAAGAAUGACAGCAGUUCUUUGGAAAAUGAAUUGUCUGCUGAGAAUGAAGUGGACUCUUCUGAAGAGUUGGCCCAUGAUUCAUUGCAGCAAUCCGAUCCCCAGGAUUCAUUAGAGUCAGGAAACGACAUAAUGUCUAAUAAAGCAAAGUCUGAUCAUGCAAAAAAUGAUACAGCAAAUGCAACCAUAAUCUCCUUAAAACCAGUGGCAAAACCCACAGAGCCAGACUUUUUUGGUGACCGGUAUGCCACAGAGGACUUUCCUUCACAAACAAACUGUCCCAGCAACAUUAGGAAGCAUGUGCCUCAGACUCCGUUUGCUGAGAUGUUUCUGCACAAUAUCCCGGUGCUCCAGUGGGCAAAGCACUUCACUCCAGAAGAGUACCAGCGGUUGAGUCAGUACAGUGGAGCACACGGCUGGGGAAGUGUUAGUCCCGAAGUGUUGAACACCACACUGGGAAUUUUAAACACAACUGCAAAUCGGUUGAUGUUUGAUGACUGGGAGAAAAGAGCAAAACGAUCCAAGUGCAUUAGCUGCGCUGUGGUGGGAAACGGUGGAAUACUGAAUGAUUCGAGAAAAGGAAAGGAGAUUGAUGAACAUGACUAUGUCUUCAGAGUAAAUGGUGCGGCUCUUAAAGGGUUUGAGAAUGAUGUGGGAUCCAGGACUUCCUUCUACACAUUCUCAACCAACACAAUGCGAAACUCCAUGCGUAGCUAUGCUCGCGUAGGCUACAGAGGUCCACCAAUAUCCAAGGAGACCAGGUAUAUAUUCCUGCCGGACCAUGACAGAGAUUAUAUUCUUAUGAAGGCGGCUUCCACACACACAGCAAUUGAUAAAGGCCCCGAGCGCAGCAAAAAACCCCCUGAAUACUUUGGUACAGAUGUGACGGUAGAAAAAUUCAAAAUCUACCACCCGGACUUUAUCCGCUACCUCAGAAACAGGUUCCUGCAUUCCAAACUUCUGAAGACCGGCGCAAGAAGAAUCUACAGGCCGUCCACAGGAGCAGUAAUGCUCCUCGCUGCUAUUCAUACAUGUGACAAGGUUGAUGCUUACGGGUUCAUGACCCCUGACUACAGUACGUAUUCAGACCACUACUACGACAAACAGUGGCGUAAAGUGCAUUUCUAUGCCAAUCAUGACAUGCGAAUGGAAAUGAGGCUGUGGCAAGAGCUGCAUAAUGCCGGACUGAUUAAUCUCUUCAUGCGCAAAUAAGCUCAAAAGGAUGUGCGCUACACAUUGUAUAGGGUGUUUUUUACUGUCAGUACUGAAAAACAUUUGGAAGGUGUGUACAGUACAAACCUGUUAUACUCCCCUCUGUUUUAGACACUUGCCUUUGAGGGGAAAGUUCAUAGUGUUGAACAACCAAAAGCUAUGGGCUGAAAUUAUGUAGCUGAUACUUUAGACUGAUUGUCUUUUGAGACAAUUCAUGAGAGACAAAUGGCUGACUAAUGUAUAAUAGGCAGAGCAAACAUGGAUAGAGUUCAGAAAUAACCAAAUAACUCUUGGGUUAUUGGCUGCAAUUUGUUCACACGCAUUGACAUGUCAGAUCAACGCCGGGCAGGAUGAAUCAUGGCCGUGCUUUGGCCCACGUACAGAGAUUCUGUAAAAUGUGCCUUAAGACAUCUCAAAUAAUGGACUGCCAUGUUGUGUGAGAAACAGUGGGAAUUUAAAAGCUUCAGAGAAUCACACUAAGAGCUAAAUAUUCAACCAAAUAUUUUAUUUUAUAUUUUUAAUUAUGUUCCUUUAAAAUGGUGUGUGAGUGUUUAUAGAUGGUACAUUCGAAAUGGACUUGUUUCCAUGUUACAUCAUGUGUAAAUCAAGAAGGGUUUUCUCUUUUUAAGAGACUUUUUUUAUGCCUUUGGCCUUUUUUUACUUGGAUGUUUUAAAGUGCAAUAUAUUACAGAGUUCACAAACUGUUUGAAUCAAAAUGUGAAUAUCUUCUGUGAUUUUGUGAUCCUCCUAUGGUCUGUUUGGUCACAUGAUGCUGUCUCUUGAUUGUAUUUAACAAAUCUUUCACAAAUUACCUGGUUCACCACACUCCUUUUUAGAUUUCAAAAAAAUCACUCCACUUUUAUUAAAAUGGUUAAGGAUUUUUGUAAACCGAUACUAUGUAAUAAAAAAAUUGAAAGAUGGUCCUA